AUGGAGAACUACCAAAAAAUCGAGAAAAUUGGCGAAGGUACCUACGGCGUUGUUUACAAAGCCCGAGAACUCAGUCAUCCCAACCGCAUCGUUGCCCUGAAGAAAAUCCGACUAGAAGCCGAAGAUGAAGGCGUCCCAAGUACUGCCAUUCGCGAGAUCUCGCUCCUCAAAGAGAUGCACGACCCGAAUAUCGUCCAAUUAUUCAAUAUCGUUCAUGCCGACGGCCACAAGCUCUACCUUGUUUUUGAAUACUUGGAUCUCGACCUAAAGAAGUAUAUGGAGGCACUGCCAGUUAGUGAAGGUGGCCGCGGCAAGGCCUUGCCCGAUGGAUCGACAAUGGCCGCCAGCUUGGGUCUCGGCGAGGAUAUGGUCAAGAAGUUCAUGGCCCAAUUGGUCGAGGGUGUCCGUUAUUGUCACAGUCAUCGCAUUCUUCACCGUGACCUGAAGCCUCAGAACCUGCUUAUCGAUCGCGACGGUAACUUGAAGCUGGCUGAUUUUGGUUUGGCCCGAGCCUUUGGUGUUCCACUCCGCACUUAUACCCACGAGGUUGUCACAUUGUGGUAUCGCUCUCCAGAGAUUCUGCUCGGUGGUCGCCAAUACUCUACCGGCGUUGAUAUGUGGUCCGUUGGAGCCAUCUUUGCGGAGAUGUGCACACGCAAGCCGCUCUUCCCUGGUGACUCGGAGAUUGAUGAGAUCUUUAAAAUCUUCCGCGUACUCGGUACCCCCGACGAAGAGGCAUGGCCCGGCGUCACCUCGUUCCCCGAUUACAAAGCUACUUUCCCCAAGUGGACUCGUCCCGAUACAGCUCUGGUUCCUGGCCUAGAGGAAGCUGGGGCCGAUCUCCUGGAAGCCCUGCUUGAGUUCGACCCAGCCCAUCGACUGUCAGCGAAGCAAGCCUGCCAACAUCCGUAUUUCAGCCAGGGCAGCGCACACUACUCGACCCGUACCACGCGCAUCGGCUAUCAAUGA